GUGAAGGGUCUAGGGGAGGGAGAGAGGCAGCGAGGUGGGGAGGUUGGGGAGGGUGUUAGGAUUGGACUUAAUGGGUAGGGGCUAAGGUAGUGACUGCAUCUUCAUGUAAAGAGCAGUUUUGACUUUCUCUCUGUGCCUCUCUCAGACAGACUCACACAGGCUCGCUCCUAGUGCUGGACUGAACAACCCUCUCAGCUCUGCUCUCCAGCUCCGGCCACCAGAGAAGAUGCUUCAUUGUUUCUCUUCAUGAGAUUACUGCACUGAGCGGAGUGGCAGCUCUGCAGCGGAUGAGCUGCUGCUGCUCUUUCCAUCUUUAUCUCUCUUUUAAUUGGGACGCUGGGGAGAAAUAAAUAGCUCAGCACACACUGUUGGGAGGCAAAUGAAUGGAACAGACUGACGGGGGAUUUCCCCAGGCUGCCUUCACACCAAUGGACCUGGAAACAAGUUUUGAGCUGGCCAAAGUUUAUUUGGCAGAAUAAUGUUUCUUGUCCUUUUGUAAAUUUGUUUUUGCAACAAGAUCAUCUUUUAAGAGACUGACAUUUUUGAGGAUUUUCACUGUAAACAUACAUACCAUAUCUUAGGCUCAAGGAUGUGCUCUAUAGUAAUUCUUCAUCAUUGGAGUCUGGCUGUGUUCUUGCUGUGCUCCCCAGUGACUCUUGAUGGGAAACCAGUCGAUGCACUUGGUAGCAGAACGAGGAGGUCGGUGAGCCAUGCCCAGCUGAUGCAUGACAAGGGUCGCUCCUUACAAGAGUUCAAGCGUCGUAUGUGGCUGCACGAGCUGCUUGAGGAGGUGCACACAGCCGAUGAUCGACCCGUGCAGAGCAGAACCCAGAGCCAAAUAUUCAGUGGCAGUGCCCUGCAUGAGAAGCCCCUAGGGGCCACCAAAAACAUCCCUGACAGGUUCAGACUGGACAGAGAAGGUCCUAACCUGCCCCAGGAGACCAACAAGGCUCUGGCUUAUAAGGACCAACCACUUAAAGUGGCCACAAAGAGGAAAAAAAAGGUGAGGUUAGGCCGUCGUAGAGAGAGUGACAAGAAGAGGAGGCGGGCACGGUCUGCCACAACAAAGGAACAAUGAAUGAUGCAGUACCACAGCAAAGAGACUCUUAACAGACUUUAAAUGGUACUGUGCUGAGACACUGACAAAGGUUCAACCAGACUGGGAUCCGAGAGACUCGAUCCAUCACUGACUCAGUUGCUUCAUAUCACCGCCCCAGGAUUGUGCUUGUAUAAUAUUUUGCUGUUUGUAUUUUCAAUCUCAUAGUUCCUGAAGUUUUGUGAAUUAUCAUCAUAACAUCUUCUUCAGUUCAUAUUUAUUUGGAAAAUCUGAAGGCCUCUGUAACCCUGAUUUACAUCUUAACAAUUCCAUGUGUUGUCAUCUCUAACCAACCGUGUGAUCAAGUAGAUCAUAGGAGGAACUAUUUAUUGCCUGAAUAAUGUCAUUAUGUCAACUUCAUGAACUUGGGAGGCUUAGUGGUCUACUUUUGCUGGCUCCAUUUGUGUUAACUAUCUUGGACUUACAGUUACAUACAAACUGUUCAAUGAAUACAUCUGUUGCAUCUUUUUCAUAAUUUAUUUCACUUUGAAAGUGUGUAUUUAUUUUGUGAAUGUAUCUUGGUGCUGCUGACUAAAUUCCGUAAUGCACUUUAGUUAUAUCCUGUACAUGUUCUUUUGUGGUUGAGUUUUGAUGUGAUGUUUCUUUUUGAUGGUCCUGCUUUCCUUUCCCACCCUAGAUUCCUCAUGGACUUGUAACUUAUUGGAUGCUUCAUCAAACCCACUCUCACCGUUUUACAUUAUAGUUUAUUUUUAUAGAACAAGACCGAGACAGGGGCUCUCAGACUCAUUUAAUGUUCUUCAUUUGCACUGAGCGCAUACUGUUCAUGUUUCCAGUUAAUCAACCAU